UAGAGGCAAGUGGAAUGAUGUGAAAGAAUUUAGAUCGUGCGAACUUUGUACAAAUAAUCAUAUAGUGUAUGAACAAUAUUUUAUGUAUCAUUUAUAGUGAGAUAAAAGUCGAUUUAUUAUGCAUACAUGAUUACAUUCGAUUUAAUUCGUCGUAUAUUUUUUUAUAAUAAACUUUAACCCCUAUAAUUGAAGUUUUGGUUUCUUCUAAAAUAGAAGUGUUCUAAACGAGGACAUAAACCAUUUCUCUGUGUGUGUAUCUUCACUCAUUCUCCCUACUUGCCGGAUUCAUUCUAAAGUGCAGUUGAUUUUUGUUCGUUGCACAUAUCAGAUCUUAUCACAAAAACAAAAUCGAAAACGUGUAUGUCGAGCGAAACGACGCUCGGCUAAGAAAGUGCAAAGGGAUGCCAUCAAAAUGGAUUUGCAUAAUCCUUAAUCUAAUAGUUUCUGUGAUCGCGGUGAUGAAAGAUGAAAAUAUUAGAGCUUUCAUAAAAAUAACUGAAUUAGAAUACGAGGAUACUUGUUUAACUACAUCUGAGGCGGAAUGGGCAUUCAUUAAUACACCCUCAAAUGAAACAUUAUUAUCAUGGGAAGAGAAUUUAAUUUCUUAUGCUAUUUUCAAGAAUUUUCAGAAAGAUCAAAUAGCUAAUAUUUCAAAAGCUGAUAUUAGAGAUAAAUCUUUACAAUAUAAGUAUAAUGUUACUGAAAAAAUAGGUGAUGCUUUAUUAGAUAGUGAAGAUUUUAAAAUACUUGUUCACUUUUCUGGGACAGUAGAAUUAUUAAAAUUAUCUACUAUUCAUAAUGGAGUUUUAAAUAAUCAUACAAGAAAAGAUGUGGAAUAUAUAUUGUCUCAUAGUAAUAAUAUUACAACAAAAAAGACUAUUUGGACAACAUGGCAUCAAGAAUUAAUCCCAUUAGUUGAAAAUUUCUCAGUUAUCUUACCACUUGCUAAUAAAGCUGCCAAAGCAAAUGGUGCCAAAGAUGUUACAGAAUAUUGGGAACUCUUAGCUGGAUAUAGUAAUGGUUAUGAUGAAAUUAAAUACAAAUGGAAUAGAAUUGCUGAUCUUCAUAAAAAAAUAUUAAAAUUCGCAAUAGCUAAUUUGUCUCAAAAGAACAAGAUUACAAUCAAUGAUACAUUACCAUCAUUCUUACUUGGAACUUUACAAGGAAAUGAUUGGAUUCCUAUAUCAGUUGAUAUAACACCAUAUCCAGAUCUUAUGUACAAUAUUAAAAAAAAUCUUUGGAAAAAGAAACUUCUUGGAAAAUCACUAUACAAAAGUGCUUCCAUCAUGAGUGCACAAAUAUUGAGCCAAAUGCCACAAGCGAAGUUUUGGGAUAAAAGUUAUUUUAAUAAACAGUGUCCAUCAAAAUUAAUUAAUUUUUGUCAAGAUGCUGUUUUACGAGUAUCUACAUGUUUUGAACCAACUAUAAGCAACUUUCUUUCUGCACAUAAAAACAUUGGAAAAAUUGUAUUCAAUCAAUUAUCUGUUGAGGACACUCCAGUACUUAAUACAGCUAAUCGAUAUUCAGCUUUAGAAGAAAGUGUUUCAGAACUAUUUGGUAUUUUAGCUGCAAGUCCUGCUUGGUUAAAUUACACUCAUCUUAUAGAUAACUCUACCGAUAAUGAACAACAUUUAAUUAUAUCUCUUAUGAUUACCGCACUUAACAUAUUACCACAAAUUGUUUAUUAUAUGUCUGUAGACAUGUGGAGAAUUAAUGCUAUUGAAAAAAAUAUAACAAAUCCCAAAGAUUUAAUAUCAUCUUGGUGGGAAUAUAGAGAAGAAUAUGAAGGAAUCAACUCUGAAAAUAAAAUGCCUACAUUUUUAAAUGACGAAUAUAUUACUAAUAAUAAACCAUAUUUACCAAAACUAGUUGGUACAAUAUUAGCGUUUCAGUUAUACGAAUAUUUAAUGGAAUCGACGGAAGUUAGAUAUGAUUCAAUCGUAAGAAAACAGAAUUUUAACUUUUUAAAAAUGAUUCAGCGAGGAAGUGCCGAUGACUGGAUGAAAGUAAUCAACCAAUAUUUAGAAAUAGACGAAAUUUCACCAGAAUCAUUACUUUCAUUCUUUUCGCCACUAGAAGAUUUCAUUGAUGAUAUGGAUGGAGAUUUUCAAUACACAGCAAUUACUGCCAAAGAAUCAGAAUUAGAAGAACUAAUGAAGAAAGUAAUUGCGGAAAUAAAUGCUCCACCAACAUCUAUUGCCAUCAACAUUACAUCUAAAAAUGUGAUUACGAAACCGAAAAUGAUAAACACAAAAUCUUGGAGCAAACAAAAUGACAAAAAAAAUGAUAUAAAUACUAUGAUUAAUUCCAACAAAAAUUUACAAUUUAAAUCAUCUUUAUAUUCACCACAGCAAAAACCAGAAAACCAUAGUGUAUUCCAAUCAAUAAUCACAACUGAAGUUCCUUUUAAUGAGUCAUUUCUUGAUUAUCCAAACAAAGAAGAAGAUAAAAAACCAAAGAUUAAUAAAGCAGUGUGGGCUGUGGGUGCAGUGUUAGUAGCAACAAUAGUAAUUUGUAUAAUUGCAAUUUUCGGAAGACAAAGAUGUCGUAAAACACCAAAAAAUAGACGAUAUGUUUAACGAUAUUUCUCCAUUUUAAAAAAAUUGUAUACAUUAUAUAUUUAUUCUCGCAUUUAGUUUGUAAUAUCUAGAUAAAGUUUUGCUAUAAAAUAUUUCAUAUAAGAAUACAUUUAUUACUUCGCCAAACAUAGUACAUUCCUUAUUGCUCAUUGCAAAAAAAAAAAAAAAAUAGAGGCUACACUCAAAAAUAUAAAUGUGAAUAUUAGUUCUUGAUGCUGAGCAAUCUAAAUAAGAGAGAAUGUAUUAAGAAAGAAAUUAAAACUUGAAAAACAACAAGUAUUAAUGCGUAAAUUUUAUUAUAUUCAAUUAUAUUCUCUAAUUUAAAAUAAUUUUAUUUUCAUCAUGUAAAUAUAUAUAUUAAAUUUAUU